CAGGGAUUUCUCCCGAUGCCCACAGGUGCUUUAAGCCCAGCGCCCGUCGGAACCAUCUCCCCGUGGCCGGUGCUGGCUCUGUCCUUUCCAGUUGAGCUUGUUGUUGCAUUUCUAGUGGGUCCUCCCUGCAUCAGCCGGGAUUUUUCGCCAUUUUUCAGGCAGGUUCCCAGAAUCAUUAGGGUUAGAAGGGACCUCGAGAUCAUGUAGUCCAACCUCUCUGCCAAGGCAGGAUCACCUGGAGCAGGUGACACAGGAACGUGUCCAGGUGCGUUUGGAAUGUGUCCAGAGAGGGAGCGACAUCCCCUGGCAGCCUGUUCAGUGCUCUGCCACUCUGCGUAAAGUAGCUCUACCUUACGUUGAGGUGGAACUUGUAUUUAAGCUUAUGGCCUUUACUUGUCGUCCUAUCGCUGGGCACAAGCAAAAGGAGUCUGGCACCAUCCUCUUAACACAUUCCUUUAAGAUAUUUAUAUCGCUUCAUGCGGUGCCUUUUCAGUCUUCUCUAGACUAACCACUACAUUGGUGGUGUAUCGGAAUAAAAAGCUACCACGCGGUGAAGCUCCCGGUGCCGCCGGCCUUGCAUGCCUUCCCUCUGGACAGAGUUUAACUGAACUGUUCCAAGAGAUUACACCUUGCCAAUGGAACUGUUUUUAACAAAUUAACAUCACAAUAUACCGAAGGUUGAGUCGCAAAGUCAGUUAAACAGCCAUUUGUUUCUAUAGAAACUAAACACCUUAGCAGGGAUUGUACCAAGCUUUGAUUGUGGUGAUUUUUUUUUAUUAUUAUUUUUAUUUUUUUAACUGGAAUUUGCUGCUUUUGCAGCCUGCUCUUGCUUGUUUUCAGGAAAUCAGAAAUUUGGAAAAGUGACUCAGAAUUUUUUAGUAUGUGAGGAAUGAUGGUAAUCACAUGAUAGUGGUACCAAAAAAUCUCUGGAACCUAGUUCAGUGAGUUAGAAUUGACUUCUGAGUCUGUAGAAUCAUAAACCCUAAAAAUCUAUGUGUUCCCCCAUUUUCAGACCUUAAGGAAGUUUGUAACUUCCCAUCUUCCACUCCCCUUUCUUCCUAGGCUCUUUCUCCAGUACAGCUGAAGGAGCUUGUCCAAGAAUCAGCUAAUGCAGCUGCUUGCUGCCCAGAGAUUUGGGGAGUUUGUGAAGGGUGUUUUUUUCCUAGCUAUUGUUGACAUGAGGAAAUGUCAGAAGAAAUAUUGAAUUGAUGCAUUCCAGAUUUCUUAUCCUCAAAUGAAGUUUCCCCAAAUGCUUUGUUCUCAAGUGGCAGUGAUACUCAAAUGCCUUCAAGACUGCAAACAGUAAUAUUGUUUAUCCUGGGAGGAAAAUACUAAUAGGUUUCUGAAAAUUUGCAAGGCAGGGAAUAGGAUUCAUUCUGUUUGGUAAUGAGAAGUGCAGUAGCUGUGCUUUUAAAAACUAGGAGGUCCAUAUUUACCUUCUCACUUUUUUUUUUUUCCCUCUUAGGACAGAGGAGUUAUUAGAGUUUAUUUAUUAUUUAAUUCUGUGUUUGAUUUUACCUAAGUUUGUUAAUUUUCUUCUGCCUUUUUUUUUCCAACACCAGUCUUUAUGCUUUCCCUGAAAGUACUUGUGGGGUUUAUCACAGUGAGAGAGUCUUGUGAGCUGUGUUGAUCUCAGUUAUUUUAUUUUAUCAGAAUCACUUGUGUGUUUUGAUAACCACCUGAAAAACAUUGCUUCUCAAUUUGAUUUUUUUUCCCAGACAAAAAAAAAAAGAGAAUAUUUCCCUUUGGCAAUCACUCCUCUUUUCCAUUGAACAGUAGGAAGAUGGGUCAUGUGAAUUCCCGCAGAGCCCUUCUGAAUGCUGUCAAGAACUUUUGCUCUUGUCAGAGGUGACAGGAUGGAAGCUGAUGACGGUCAGUAUCGUUGGGAAUUGUGGACAGCUCUGCUGAAGCAACACUGUGUAUGAAAGUGCAUGUGAGUCACACUCCCCGUGGCCCAUGGCCCUGGUGCCCAGCCAUGUGCACAUAUCCCUGGCACAUCCAGCCCCCGGCAUGUCCUGCUGCCACGGGCCGUGGCCGGGAGCUGCAGCAGGGGCUGCCGUUGUGCUCGGACCCCCGGCCGUGGUUGCCAUGGUGAGGAUAGAACUGUGGUGCCCUGGACCCGUCUGUCACAGAGCGGUUGCUGGAAGGCUGCAGAGCAGCUGCAGCCAGAUCUGCCUCACACUCACCACCAGAUGCAGCUCUCAGGGCACUCAAGUUUUCUCUCAGCCUGACACACUCACUGCGGAACAAUGUCAGCACACUGCCACUUCCAGGAACACCGCAUGCAGAACCUGAGGCAGAUACAGAAGCAGAUGAGGCUGCUGGACCUGCGCCUGCAGAUGCUCCGUGACAGACUGUGCGCAGCUCGCCAUCACAGGUGUGCCCUUUGCUGCUGCAUGCACCCACCCAGAUGCCCGGGGAGAAGGGCCCUCUCUGCAAGGCAGGAUCUGGAGCGACGACUGGACAGAACAAGAAGACUUGGCAUGAUGUUGAGCUCAUCCUGUAGUCAAAACAAUUUGUCUUUGAUUGAUGUGAAGGGUUUUGACCCCAAGGAAAUCACUGUCGUGGUGAAAGAUGGGAAGGUGACUGUGGCAGCGGAGCGCAAGGAGGAGCACAACACCUGCAUGGGAAAGAUAAGCAGCUACAAGAAGUACAUGAAGGAAUUCAGCCUGCCACCAGGGGUGUCUGAGAAGGAGGUGACCUAUUCGGUGGAAUCCAACAACAUCGUGGAACCACCCAAGUGCUGCCCUUAUCUCUGCAACUGCUGAGCUGCAGCAGGGAGCCACCAUCACUCCUCUGCUUCACCCUUCUCCCCAUUGCAUCUAGGUGUGUCCCAAGAACUGUGGCAGCAGCCUUUCUUACCUCUUCCAAAAAAGAAAACAGCACUCUAA